CACCCGCCUUCCCCCCGCGGCCCCGAGCAAGGCGGCAGCGCGCCCCGCCGGCCCCGCGCGAGCGGAGGGAAGGGUGCGGAGCUGGCGGUGCCAGGACAUAAACGGGUUCUGAUGCAAGGAAAGGAUGAAAUUUGGUUGCCUCUCCUUCCGACAGCCCUACGCAGGAUUAGUGCUAAACAAAGUCAAGACAGUAGAGACUCGCUGGCGGCCUGUGUUAGCAGAGUACAAGAACUGCACCCUUGCUGUUCAUAUAGCUGUUAAGGACUGGCAAGAUGAAACAUGGAGAGCAAUUCUUUUGGACAGGUUUGGUAUGACACCAAAACAAGUGCAAGAUUUGUUGGAUAAAGGGGAAAAAUUUGGCAGAGGAGUUAUUGCAGGAUUAAUUGACAUUGGAGAGACAUCACUAUGUCCAGAAAACUUGCCUCCUGAAAAGGUGCUGGAGCUGGAAAACAAAGCUGUCCUCAGUCAUCUAGAACAGAAAUACUUGACUGUUGUUUCGAAUCCAAGAUGGCUCCUGGAACCGAUUCCCGCCCGAGGGGAAAAAGGUGUGUGGCAGGUGGACGUCCCCGAAGAACUGAUCCCUGCAGGAGCAUAGGCGUUGCCCCUCACUUCUUUUUCCUGCCUGAAUGCACGCUUGGAAUUCACAAGUCAGCAUCUUGAAUACCAGCGAGUUGUUGAGGAUUCCCUUGCAAAACGAGUUGUUUGAAACAACAAAUACCUUUGAAGAACUGCUCUUUUGAGGCAAAAUAAACACAAUGUAAUUUUUGGGACCAUGACUGGAAAUUAUUAAUGGUUUACGAGAUUUUUCCUAUAUAAAUAAGGAAAUGCGAUUUUUUAAAAGAUAUGGUUGAUGUAUUGUGGGCCAGUUUAAAACGGGAGUAAAUCCAACCAUGUUAUAUGAUACAUGCCUCUGAUUAGAGGAAGAAGAAAGCGUUUGUAGGGCCCUUCAGAAAAAUUGUGCUUGAAAGCAGGUUGCCAUCAUUAAUGUGACAUCUGUCUCACAGCCCACUCCUAACCUUACAUUGGUGGGAUCAUUGAGAAAGCAAGCAUCUGAGAUAAGGCCGGUCCUAGGGACUUCUCAAACAGAGGCGGAGGUUUGCUGGACGAGGUUGCUGUGCGUGGUGUGUGUUAUGCGCUCUAAAUGCAGAGCUUCCAGCAAGGACCAGAUUUUCCUCACUCGCAGGUUAGGUACACCAGAUGUGCACAUGAUGGGGGGAGCAGCCUGCAGCAUACGGCUCUGUGACCUGGCAGCCUGUGGAGAAAGGUGCUUGUACAAAAUUAAAUGAAGCGAGUAUUACAGUAUUUCUUUCUCUCGUUUAAGGUGAAAAGUAUCAGUAAGCUUUGCAAAAUGUGAUCUUGAAUUAAAGACGAGUGUGAAGAGUAACAAGUAGAAGUCACUACUUUUGGCACUGGCAGAGUUUUUCCAAAAUUCACCCUUCUGCAUGACAACGAAAAUCCUUUUGACUUUCUGGAGCAAGGCACAAGGCCAGGCAUAGGCAAGGCUAUAAAAACAGGACAGGACAAGUGGCAGAGGCUU